AUGGGUGACUUUGACAUGACCGUUGGCGUGCUCUUGCUUGGCCUGUUUUUCAACACCUAUCUCUACGGCCUUGUGACCUACCAGUUUGUGGUUUACCAUAACACUAAAUUCAAUGAUCCCCUCUGGAUCAGAGCAGUUGUUGGAAUUCUUUUCGUCACGGAUACCUUGCAUAGUGCUGUUGCUGUUUAUGCUGCUUGGGACCUGUGCGUUACAAAUUAUGCCAACCCUGGCGUCCUAGGAUUUGUCGAUUGGACGAUUCCGUUCACGGCCAUUGCAACCUCGGUGGCCGCCAUAGUCACACAAUUCUUCCUUGCCCAUCGCGUCUUAUUAUUAACAAAAAACAAGAUAAUUGUUGCAAUUAUCGGAACGCUGAGUUUCCUUGGAUUCGUGUUUGGCAUUUACGCCGGUGUUCGCUCAGGCAUCAUCAAAGAGGUGAAGAACUUUGCCCCCUUGACGCCCUUCGUCAUUUGCUGGCUUGGCUUCCAAACUGGCGCGGAUUUGCUAAUUACUGUUGUCCUAACCUUCGUCUUGAGCCGCUCGCGGACAGGUUUCCAGAAAACGGACUCGAUGAUCAAUCGACUUAUUCGUGGUGCCAUUCAAACAGGCCUCUUCGCCUCUAUUUUUGCUCUGGCGGAUUUAUUCAGCUUCCUGCUUCACCGUGAAACCAAUCUUUACGCUAUGUUCGCUUUCCCAAUUGGACGGAUCUAUACCAACACCUUGUUAGAUACUCUAAAUGCUCGUAUCGACCUAAAGAGUAAGAAUACGACCCUUGACCUUGAUUCUGAGCACACCAACGCGUACCGAUUGCAGAACCAAAGUCAAACUCUGGGAACUCAGUCUCACACGAUGCACUCCAUUCAUGUCAAACGGGAAACCGUCACAGACACAUCGCCGCCCCCUGAACAUUCCAUCGAUGCAAAAUACGUCGUAGAUGAUUCAGAAGUUUAUGCCCACCCAUCACAGCGAGUUUAA